AUGGACGGGCCCGGGCGGGAGCUGCUGAGGAGCCGCUUGGUCCAUCUCUGGAUUCUCCAAGGACUGACUGCCCAUCCACUCUGACCACAGCCGGGGCCACAUCCCAGCACCUGCCCAGCGUCCAUCCAUGGCAGUGAGCUCCGUGUUCCCCCCUUCUGCCUCACCCACCGAAGGAGACGAUCCGUGUGAGACAGAUGUCACCAGUGUGGCCAUACACAAUGUGACACUGCUCAUCUGCCUCUGUGGGCUGGCUGGGAAUGGGGCUCUCUUCUGCCUCCUCAGAUGGAAAGGGCAUACUGCCUGCAUCUUUGGCCUGGCUGUCGCCGAUUUCCUCUUCCUCCUCUUUGCGGUCCCCUCUGCCCUGCUCUUCCUGCUGGAGGACGUGUCCUGCUCUCCUAUCCUGCCCCUGAUGUAUGUGAGCUUCCUUUACCUGGUGUCAGUGGUCUCCUGCUACUGGGCACUCUUCUGGAUGACAGCCAUCAGCGCCAAAAAGGACAUGAAAAAGCUCUGCAAGCUCUGCUGCCACUGUGACCUUCCCGAUCCCAUGAUGUGGGUGCUGUGGGGCGCUCAGUGCUUGGCCUUCUUCGCUCUCUUCAUUGCCAUUCCCACAGUGACAUACCUGUGCCCAUCACACGAGCAGGAGCACUGCCAGGUGGCUCUCACCUCCAUGUUCACCGUCAUCCUGCUCCUCUUUGCUGCACCCAUGGUCAUUACCCGCACAAUUGACAUUAUUAAAGCCAAGUGUGGCUCCCAGCAGCAGUGUCCCAAGAGGUUCCACAUCGUUAUCUUCCUCCUUGUGCUCUUGGCUCUCCUCCUCAUCCUCUUGAAUUUCCUGCAGCACCUCGGUUACACGGUUGUAUCCUCCCAGGUUGUUUUCCUGCUCGCCUGCAUCCACAGCACCAUCAAACCCUUCAUCUACUUCUUGGCAGGGAGGUGCUGGAGCCCCUGCUCCGUGGGGUCCCUCCGGCUCUCGCUCCAGAGGGUCUUUGAGGAGACAGAAAGACAAAAAUGCCCGCAGCAAGGAUACCAACAGGGACACGGGGGGUCUGAGCCUGUUGAACCUUUCCCCUGCGCUGCUGAAGAACCCCGGGACAGUGACUGAGGGAUUCCUUGAGCCAUCGGAUUUAUAAAUAUCGACCGUAUUACCGCCCCCUCCCAUGCUGGAUUCCUGCAGGAGAAGGGAGCAGGGGCAGUGCCAAGGGCAAUGUGGGAGGGAUGCUCUGCAGGGAGCACACUGGAGCAUGGAUUUCCUCCUCCCUCCCAGCUCCACGUGGCUCCAAGCAGUGCAGCCGGGCUCAGUCCUGUUCCCUGGCUCUAUUCCCCAUGGAAUGACCCUCACUGCCUCUGCGCCCCAGGGAAUAAACUCCGUUUCCUUUGGCUCAGCA